CUGGGUAGUGACACAUCUCUUUGGAGUCUUCCUAGGCAAAGGACAUCCAAGGACACCUACUUCUGUCCCAUUGCAGAGGUCUUGGCUGUGGAGGAGGAAGUGGCUCAAAGCCUUCUUGAAUUGAAGGAAUCCACGUGCCAGAAAGGUACCAAACUACAGCAGCUGGACAUCGAGCUCCAGAACGCCAGCAAGGAGGAUGCCUGUCUGCAGGCCAGACUCUGUCAGCUUGCCACAGAGCUGCAGGAACUCAGAGAGAUGGAGGCGGAUCUUCAGGAACAGGAGACAAAAGUGGAUGAGGACACCACCGUCACCAUCCCCUCUGCAGUGUAUGUGGCUCAGCUGUAUCGCUGCAUCAGUAAAAUAGAAUGGGAUUAUGAGUGUGAGCCGGGGACCAUCAAGGGCAUCCACCACGGCCCCACUGUGGCCCUGCCCAUCCACCUGGACAGCACUCAGCUCUCACAGAAGUCUAUCAGUGACUACCUCUGGAGUCUGGUGGACACUGCCUGGGAGCCAGAGCCUGACCUCACGCCUUGAUAGAAUCGAGACUGAGGGGACCCAGGGGGGAUCAUUCAAAAUUAAAAGUCUA